UGGGUAAUGAUUUGUCAUCGCAAGGGCUGGGGUGUCUCUCUUUGCGGAGGAAACCUUGGCCGUGAUUGACAGCAGGGCUGUUUUUUCGCCGCUUCCCUUGCUGUUGACAAGUAAUAAUGAAGCUUUGUCAGUCCAUCAUGGACAUGGAUAUGCCAGAUUAUGUCGACUCCUUGGAUUCCUCUUAUACCAUGCUGGAAUUUGACAACCUUCGGGUGCUCCCCAGUAACACCGAGGCCAUCACAGCCGAAUCAGCAAACACCAACCUGCUCACCAACGGCAUCGGCUCCCUCUGCUCCAUCUGCGGGGACCGGGCGACUGGCAAACACUAUGGGGCAUCCAGCUGCGACGGCUGCAAAGGCUUCUUCAGGAGAAGCGUCCGCAAGAACCAUGUCUAUUCCUGCAGGUUCAGCCGACAGUGUGUGAUAGACAAAGACAAGAGGAACCAGUGCAGGUACUGCAGGCUGAAGAAGUGCUUCAGAGCUGGCAUGAAGAAAGAAGCUGUGCAGAAUGAGCGUGACAGGAUCAGCAUUCGCAGGAGCAGCUAUGAGGACAACGGCUCGCUCUCCAUCAACGUGCUCACUCAGGCGGAGGCCAUGGCACAGCAGUAUUCAUCGCUGAGUCCGGCGCACAGCGCGGACAUUGCUAUGAAGAAGGUUGCAACCAUCAACGAUGUGUGUGAAUCCAUGAAACAGCAGCUUCUGGUGCUGGUUGAAUGGGCAAAAUACAUCCCGGCGUUUUGUGAGCUCCCGCUUGAUGACCAGGUUGCCCUGCUCAGAGCCCAUGCAGGAGAACACCUGCUCCUCGGGGUAGCCAAGCGGUCCAUACCAUACACCGAUUUUCUGUUAUUAGGGAAUGACUUCAUCAUUCCAAUGCACUGCCCGGAACUCGAAAUCGCUCGUGUGGCCACCAGAAUCUUGGAUGAGUUGGUGAAGCCCUUGCGGGACAUCCAGAUCGAUGACAAUGAGUACGCUUGCCUUAAAGCCAUCAUCUUCUUUGAUCCAGACUGCAAAGGCCUGAGCGAGCCCGGGAAGGUGAAGAACAUGCGCUUCCAGGUCCAAGUCAACCUAGAAGACUACAUCAACGAUCGCCAGUACGACUCCCGAGGCCGGUUCAGCGAUAUCCUCCUCCUGCUGCCCCCGCUGCAGAGCAUCACCUGGCAGAUGAUCGAGCAAGUCCAGUUCGUGAAGCUUUUUGGUGUGGCCAGGAUCGACAGCUUGCUGCAGGAGAUGCUGCUGGGAGGAACCACCAUUGAUCUCCAGUACCAGUCAGGACCUCCCAACCUCAACCUGGAACCGCUGCCAGGACAUGUCCUCCCAGGCAACAUGAGCUCUGUGAUUCACACCGCUCCAGACCCAUCUCCUGAACCAUCCCUUCCAUCUCCUUCUACAAGCACAGGCAGUGAAGACUAUAAACUAGGCUGUAGCGCAGGACCCAACGCCGUAGCGCAGCUCUUGCCUCAGACAGUGAUACCCAAGCAGGAGAUUUUAUAGGGAGAGGUGGAAGGAGAACCUGGGAGCAAUGUGAAAAAACAAAAGGUGCUGAAAGUGAAACGGCCCCUUUCUCUUUGCAGAGGCAAAGCACAGCAACCCCCUGCCUGUAGCCGGACCUGUCGGUCACACUCUUUCCCAUCCGUGAGUCGAGCGCCAAGACUGCAGCAGGAGCCUCACCACGGGUCUUCCCACCACCGUCACCCUCUUUUCACGAGUGAUUGGGGUUAAUGCUCUUUUCUGUAGGACCAAGACUGUAAGCUCUUUGGAGCAGGGCUUCUGAUUGCCUUUGUUAUCGCCUAGCUCGGUGUGAUCACGACCCUUUUACGGCCUUCAGCCGCUGUCUUCAUAAACCCAAAUGCCUUGCGCAGCUCCUGGUAAUCGUUAAUGAGUACAGCAUGUCUUGAAUUGUCAGUAUGCAAAGGUCUAUUCCCAUUAAAAAUAUAAUUACACUCCCAUUUCUCCUGCUGAAUGUUAAGCUUUAGGAAGUAUAUCUUCAUAACAUUUAGCAGGUCAGCGCUUUCUUAUUCCACACGGAUGUGUCUUGUUCCACAUAGCCCAGCUAACAUUUAAAGCUGGUCAGUUAUUAUUUGUGAUCAGGAAUGCCAACAUUUUGUUAUUUUCUGUAAUUUCCAGUAUAUCCACAGUCCAGUUGUGAGUCAUUUGAUGCAUCCUCUACUUUGUGUGCACACCUAAGGCAGCUCCGAGACGGCAGCAAGGAUCUCUGCAUCAGACCGUGGCUGCUGGGUCUGCUAAAACCCACAACUGGCAGGAAGCUCAAGAAGCUGUUGACUGACUUACCCAGUCACUGCUUUGUAUCUUCUGCAAACUUUUACUGCACCCAUAUUUGGAAGAAGCAACACUUGUAACAAAAAUGCCAAAAAACCCCCCUUUUCCAAGUAUGCAGAUGUGAUUUUCCUGUAGCUUUGUAUGUUGCUGUAACGUCAUGUUUGCAACCUAAACUUCAAGGCUCUAAAUUGGCAAAAAAAAAAAAGAGAGGCAGGUCUCCUGUGAGCCAUGUAUUAUAAAAAAUAUUUGUAUUUAAAACAUAAGGUUCUUCUGCACGUAACGUAAAACUUAAUCACCAGUAGGUAAGCAACUAUUAACCAUGUUAUAACUAUUUAAAAUAAGCCCAAUAGAUGACUAUACAACCUCAAACGUUCCUAAAGCACGGUCAUUGUGUUACAGCGUUUAUUUGAACGAAUCGGACUUCAUUAGAAAGCAGAUUGCCGGACUUCUACAGAGCUUAUGCUCAUCUGCAUAAAAGCCCAAUGACCUCCAUCAGACAGCUCGAGGGGUUACAGGCGGCCGUACUGAACAGCAGGGCUCGAUGGGGAAUUCUUAGUUCUGUCACACAUCACAAAUCUGCCCACCCACGUGCAUCCCCGCCAUGGCAAAGAUGAGAUGACGGUGCCCAGCUACGGCUUUGUGAGGCUUCUUUCACUAAUGCUCGUGAAGCACUUUGAGAUCCUCAGAUGGAGGACACUCACUACGAAAAUGCAAUCUUAUUGACUGAAAGAGAAGUUGGGAAGAGCAUCUGAACCUUCACCGAAAGGGGAAUACUUUGUUCUCAGGCUACCUUUCAUUCAUUGGGGAGAUAUUUUAGAGUUACCAUUCUACAGCACGAGAGAGAUUGGAAAACCAUUGAAGACUGGGUUGAAUUUCACCUAGGAUCACAACGUUUUAUUUUUCUACUGUCUGUGAUGAAUUUGAUCUGCCAUUCUAUGCUGAUAACUUUGAUUUGAAACAGCUAUAUCUGGAAACCAGGUUGUACUGCAAGCAUUCCUGCUGCAUGACAGAUGCAACUGUACUUACCUAACAUUGCUUCCAGUUCCUCCAUGAUGUAGAUUACAUUACUUUUCUAGAAAUUAAAUGUACAUUUAUACUCAUUAAUGGUAAGAAAAUAAAUCUAUAGCAGAAAUAAUGCCAUAUUCUCAUAUUUCAUAUGGACAGUUUGCCUUUUUUCUUUAAUUCAAAGCUAAGUUUUCAAGUUUCUGUAUCGAUUUUUCCAAUGCAAAUACCUUAGGGAUUUUCACCAUAGGAAUUUAUUUUUCAUAAAAAAGAAUCAUCCAUGGCUGCAAAGCUCAGCUUUCACUCGAGACUGAAAUAAUUAAUAAUCUAAGACAUUAUCUGAGAGAAGAAAAUAAAAUUGUCCAGGAACAAGCAGAUACCAGACUCAGCCUCCAGCGUUCAGCUAGUCUGGUGAAGUUUUACAGCAAGAAUAAUUUACUGUCUUACGAGGGGCCUGUAUUAAGGGCUAGAAUAGAUUCAUAGCAAAAAUCUCUUCCUGGCUUCCCUAUGUCAAACUCCACUUUAAAUUAAACCAAUAUUCUUAUGCAAACAUAGCUUGGAAGUGACUAUUUUAUUAGAUUUCUGCUUUAUUGGAAUAAUGAUUUUGUUAAAAGAGGUUCAUAGCCGUAAUUUAAAAAUAUUUUAGUCGUCUGGCAAGAUGCCAGCUGCUUUGUCAGAACAACAUGAAUUGUGCAUCUCAGGUAAUAAAGUCUUACUUAUUUCUCUGUAA